AUGCUAACAGCGCUGCAGAGGUCGAUUCUGUUGCUGCUAGGAUGCUUAGUAUCUACACUGACGACCACUGCUGGCGGCGCCUCAAGGUGCCCCAGCGAGUGUUCAUGUCGACAUGUACUGAACCCCGCGGCCGAGAGCGAACUACGUGUAGAAUGUACGCUUGGUGACCAGAGCGCAAUUCCCGUCGACCUCCUCGACCGGACCGCUGACGUCGUCAUCAUCGCCGCUCCUCCGGAACGACCCAAUUACCUCACCAUCGGACCCAUUUUCACCCAACCUGCCCCCUUCACUAACCUCAAAGAGCUGCACAUCGUCAACUCGAAUGUCCCAUCCAUAGGACAGUAUUCCUUCUGGGGCCUACAAAAUCUACGAGUUCUAAACCUCACGCACAAUAACUUAACGAGCAUCGACGCAGAUAAUUUCCGCGGCCUCAUAAAUUUGACGGAAUUAUUCCUCGAUCAUAACAAUAUCGAGCAGAUGCCGAGCGAAACAUUCCGGCACCUUACCGCUUUGAGGACGUUAACCUUGUCGCAAAAUCAAAUAUCAACAUUAGUACCUCGCCUGUUUCGUAUGCUCGCUAAACUAUCAUAUUUGGAUCUGAGCGACAACCCCUUGGCGGAUUUGAACCCUGAAGUGUUCAAGGACAUUCAACAUUUACGAUAUUUCAAGUGCCGACGAUGUUUGUUGCGAAGAGUUAACACUCAAAUAUAUCAUCUCGUGCCGCACUUGGAGGAAUUGGAUCUGGGUGAGAACUUGUUUAAAUAUUUGACAUCGGAUGAAUUUAUAAGCCUCAAAAAGUUGAAAAAGUUGAAAUUAGACGGAAAUCAGUUGUCGGUAAUUGUUGACAACAUGUUCGGGAGGAAUCGGGAAUUACGUGUGCUGGCCCUCGCACGCAACCGUCUCGCCUUGCUGGCGCCCGCCGCCCUCACCAACCUGACCGCCCUCAUGCACCUGGAUAUAAGUCACAACAAAAUUGACAGGUUCCACCUACAAACAUUUGCACCGGUUGUCGAUUCCCUGAAAACAAUUAAUUUCAGUGGCAACAAUUUACCACUCAACGAAAUUGCUAUUGUGCUGCAAAUUCUCCCGGACAUUCACGGUGUUGGACUCGCCAAUUUAUCAUUGCAAGAAAUUCCACCAAACUUCUUUACUUACAACGAACAUCUAGUCGCCCUCGAUAUAUCUUGGAAUAAACUGACAAAAUUUCCGUAUAAAUUGCUCACCAAAACUAAGUUCUUACAAAAGUUGGACAUAUCUCGAAACAAGUUGCAUACAUUGAACGAAGACGACCUUCAACGUCUCGAGGCUAUAGCUCACGUGGAUUUAUCUAAAAAUCACUGGCGAUGCGAUCGAUGUUCCACUGGAACUAUGCUCGUUUACAUGGCAACAACAGUAUUGAAUUCGAGCAUACGGCACCUGACGUGCCAUUCACCGUUACGACUUCAUGGCAUAACAUUUGGCGAACUGGAUUUUGAAAAGCUAGAGCCCUGUGUGACGACCCACGAAGCUCAGAUGAGCGUGAUAGCGGGACUGAUGUUAUUGUGUGUGGCAGUGUUCGCAGCUAUAGCGGGAGCUUUGUGCUGCUCGAGGCGUCGCACCGCGCACUACUAUACGAACGAAGAGAAACGCAGGGAACAUGCUCGCGAACAUCCGGAGGAAUUACUCGGCCAGACGGAGUUGGGUAGCGUGGCGACUAUCCAUGCUCCUUACCAUCUGGUCACUAAAGGCAGCUAACAGCGUGCCCCCACCCCGGCGAUCCAGAGACGCGCGCUUCGCGUUUCUUUCGAAUCCCCUCCAGCAAGUUCCAGGUCGCUUGAAUCCGCUCCACUCCGUUACCUCCCGACGCAUUUACAGCAUAUUUCGCGUGAAAUUAUGUGAUACGAUGAAGACGAUCUGGUGUAAACCAAUGGACUCUUUAUGUCAGUGAUUUUCGGACUAUCUUUCUAAUGAUGGCUCCAUGUUCCAGCCUAAAUGUUUAAUGCGAGUAAAGCAGAGUAUUAGCCGAGUAUUCUUGUUUUACGUAAUAUUAUACCUUUAUGCUGAGUGUCAGGA